AUGAUCUCCAUUAUCUCCAUCACCCUCUCAUCCCAUCAUCCUCAUCACCCCCAUCAUCUCCAUCAUCCCCAUCACCCCCAUCAUCUCAUCAUCAUCUCCAUCAUCCACAUCAUCAUCAUCAUCAUCCCCAUCAUCUCCAUCAUCCACAUCCCCAUCAUCCCCAUCAUCCAUCACACAUCCCCAUCAUCCCCAUCAUCCAUCAUCCCCAUCAUCCCCAUCAUCCCCAUCAUCCCCAUCAUCCCAUCACAUCCAUCAUCCCCACCCCCCAUCCCCAUCAUCCCCAUCAUCCCCAUCAUCCCCAUCAUCCCCAUCCCAUCCCCCAUCAUCAUCCCCCCAUCAUCCAUCAUCCCAUCAUCCCCAUCAUCCCCAUCACCCCCUUCAUCCCCAUCAUCUCCAUCAUCCCCAUCACACCAAUCAUUUCCAUCAUCUCCAUCACCCCCUUCAUCCCAUUCACCCCCAUCAUCCCCAUCAUAUCCAUCAUCCCCAUGA